AUGAGUAAUUUGCAUGAUGCAAAAGGUUGCAAGCUAGCUAUGAAUUUUAUUGACAUGCAGGAACUCAUUAACUUGGUUUUUAUGAUUUCGAAACUUACCAACUCAUAUUCUCUUCUUUGGCUUCCAUUAUUGCUGAUUCUACUCAGCAAUGUUUCAGUUUACGGUGUUGAACAAAAGGACUUUUACAUUGUUUUCCUAGAAGCUCACCCUGUUAGUAGAGAAAAAGCAGUUGAGACUCAUUUAAAUAUUCUCUCAGCUGUUAAGCAAAGCCAUGUUGAAGCCAAAGAAUCCAUAGUAUACAGCUAUACAAAAAGCUUUAAUGCAUUUGCUGCUAAACUCUCUGAGGAUGAAGCCAACAAGUUAUCAGCCAUGAAUGAAGUGGUCUCAGUAUUUCCGAAUCAGUACCGCAAGCUACACACAACAAGAUCAUGGAAUUUUAUUGGAUUACCUUUGACAGCUAAGAGAAAACUGAAGUCUGAGAGUGACACAAUUGUGGCUCUUUUGGAUACGGGGAUCACUCCUGAGUUUCAAAGCUUCAAGGAUGAUGGAUUUGGCCCUCCACCUGCUAAAUGGAAAGGAACUUGUCAUAAAUUUGUUAAUUUCUCAGGCUGCAAUAACAAGAUAAUUGGAGCCAGAUACUUCAAGCUUGACGGAAGAUCUGAUCCGUCUGAUAUAUUAUCUCCCAUAGAUGUGGAAGGGCAUGGAACUCAUACUGCAUCAACAGCCGCAGGAAAUGUUGUUCCAAAUGCAAGUCUCUUUGGAUUAGCAAAAGGAACAGCUCGUGGGGCGGUGCCUUCAGCCAGGUUGGCAAUUUACAAAGUGUGCUGGACAGAAGAUGGAUGUGCUGAUAUGGACAUACUUGCAGCAUUUGAGGCUGCCAUACAUGACGGCGUGGAUGUAAUUUCGGUUUCGUUAGGCGGAGGAAAUGCAAAUUAUGUGCGGGACUGUAUAGCGAUUGGCGCAUUUCAUGCCAUGAGGAAAGGUAUAAUCACGGUCGCUUCAGCUGGAAAUGGUGGUCCAACUGUGGCAACUGUCGUAAAUAAUGCGCCGUGGAUUGUCACAGUAGCUGCUAGUGGCAUUGAUAGGGACUUCCAGAGCAUUAUAGAGAUGGGAAGUAGAAAAAAUGUUUCUGGAGAAGGAGUAAGCACUUUCAGUCCAAAACAAAAGCAGUACCCUCUUGUUAAUGGAAUGGACGCAGCGCGAGACUCUUCAAGCAAGGAAAAUGCUAAGUAUUGUGAUGAUGCCGACUCCUUAGAUCCGAAAAAAGUGAAAGGAAAGAUUGUUUACUGCCGAUUUAGAACAUGGGGCACUGAUGCUCUUGUGAAAGCAAUAGGUGGCAUUGGUACUAUAGUUGAAAAUGAUCAAUUUGUAGAUGUUGCUCAAAUAUUCAGUGCUCCUGCUACCUUUUACCAAUUAUAUACAAUUUACAAGCUAAAAUGCAAGGAUGACAAGGGCACUAUGCUGGUUUGCACUUCCCUGUGGAAAAUUUGGCAAAGCAAGAAUUUGAUGAUGUUCAAUAACAAGGCCUUCAUUCAUGUGGAAGUGGUGCGCGAUACUGGUGCUGCGAUAGAGGAAUUUUCAAGAGCAGAUGAUUUACCAUUAGGAUGCCUGAGUGUUGUGGAUAAUCUUGGAAUGGUAAAUCCUACUGGAAUUAGUGCUUGCAAGCGCCAACUUAUGUCCAUUUCUCCGCUGGUUGCUGAAGCUUUAGGGGUGCAUUGGGGGUUGGAGCUGGUUCAAGCUUUCAAUUUUGUUAGUUGCAAUUGUAAUGAGGAAGUUCAUAGCUUAGUUGGGUUUGUUAAGGCCUUUGGGUCUAGAACCUGGUUUGAUUGUAUGGCUGCUUUGCUUCCUUCUAUUUGA